GGAAAAUACGUUAGCGGAAGCAAUUUAUUGCCGUAAUAUCGAGAGUCAAGAAUGCGGACCAUCCAAUGUUGCGUUUUCUUCGCACUGCUGAUGACAGCGUCGGCUGUGCCGGCGUCAUCAUCGAAGGGUGGUCGACCCGACGAUCCGGUUAAAGGAAAAAAGACCACGCCGAUCACACCCAUCAAGAACGCUUCGGCAAUCACCGCCACGACGGCGGUCUCGAGACCGAUUACAGGCAACGCGACGCUACCGUACACUGUAAGGAACGCGACGUUACAUUCAUCGUUGCCUUCCUCGAUCGCGACAACGGCAACGGCGACGGCAACGGCAACGGCGACGGCAACGGCCGUAACAUCCGCCACGACGAUGCUUAAGCUGCCAACGAUCUUGCCAACGGCAAUCGCAACGACAUCGACGACGACGACAACGACAAUCUCGUCGAUGUCGUCCACGGCGAGCCUCGCGACCAUCUCCGGUGACCCGCAGAACCCAGGCUCAAAUCCCGCCUUCACCGAAACGUCGCCGAGAAUAAUUUCGCCCACUCAACACACCGCGGCCACGGUGUUAUCGUUGAGAAAAUCAGCAGUCUCCGCUGUCGCCGAUGUCACGACGACCGUGCCUUUAACAUCGGCCAAGGAAACGCGAGAGUCGCCCGGCAAGAUUAGACCGCAAAUCAAGCUGACAACAAAUUACACGAGCGAGACAGGGGUACGACUGCCAGAGGGGGCCAGCGCGGCGCUUGCAAAACCGACCAAGUAUCACUACUAUCCGCACAAUCAGCAUAUCUACCUGCUGCCGGAGUGCGCGGUCCAGCAAGUGUGCAACGCCGUUUAUGUCAGAUUAAACUUUACUCAACCGCUGUGCGCCUGUCCCGGACGAUACCGUGAUCCGUGCAGCGCGUCCUUGGACAGCGACGACCUGCACACGACCGAGCUGGUGACCGAUCCGCGAACCAAGGCCUUGACCUUAGUAAAAACGUGCGAGCCGGUUGCCGAGAUGCGAGAAUGCAGAGCGUCGAGAGACUGGUCUCUACUGGCGCUGCAGAACGUGCGUACGGGAAAGUCUCAUUAUCUCGUGAUAUGCCGAUGUCCCGAUACAAACAUACUCGAAGGACCUAUGAGUCACGAUCAACCGACUUAUGCUAGCGUUCCGGGCAUUCGAGUAUACGGGAUGAUGUGCGUGCAGGGGAACAGAAGAGGACGACCGUUGCGAUAUUCGCGCAGCAUCUCAAGUCAUAUAGAGAACGAAGAGAAACCACGUUACCCUUGGCACAAGGUGCGACAGCUGAUGACAACGCCGUCUCUAUGGGAAUAGCAAACACGACGCAACGUUCCGUCCCAUAUUCUGCCAUCGACGAAUUUACACGUUAAUAACGCUACUAUAUUUAUAAUUCUUCGAGCUAUUCCUCGCUCGAAUUCUACAUUUCCUUUCCGUUUUCCUCUUAGUACUCUUACGCUUUUUUAAUUCCCGAACGGGCGCACCUGGAUGCAAAAAAUGACAUAAUUCAUACUAAUUAUUUAUUAAUUCUAUUCUAUGUAUUUUGUAAUUUCUUGUUAAAUAUUCGAAUAAUUUUAUUUUUGUGCUUUUGCGCGCAAUGACAAUUAUAAGGAUGAGUAAAAUAUAAAAAAAAAAAUUAAUUUUGUAAUUAAUUUAAUUAAAAACUUUGCAAAUACUUAUACGCCAGUGUGCCCGCGCGAGAAUUAGUAGAUACGAUAGAAUGAAAUCGCUAUGUGAUUUGUAUUAUCAUCUUCACUUAAUUAUUCAUUGUAUUUAUUAUUCAUUAUACUAUGAUUUCUACAUUCAUAAUAUGAGAGGUUCGUAAUAUGAGAGUUGUCGCGAUUAAUUAUAUACGAUACACAACUCCGAUAAACUGAUUAACGAUACGAUAAAGAAGACGAAUGGCUUUGCUUUCUGUAACAAUGUAAAGAACUGUCUAAUGGCGCAUUAUUUAACAAAAAAGAUAGGAAUAUAUGGUACCUGAGUUUCUGACAUAGAAAACUUAUAUGCAUUCUGUUUCUUUCUCUCUCUCUC